AUACUGUCUUUUGUACCCUAUUUACCGCCAGGACUCGAACGAGUUACGGAGAGUGUUUGAAGCAGCAAUUUCAUUAUUUGGCGCACCUAAAUUACUAGUCGUUGAUCGCGGACGUAUGUACGAAAGUACGGCGUUUGUAGAAUGGGUCAAAGGUAUGGGGAGUGAUAUAUAUUUCAUUACUCCUGAUAUGCACCAGAGCAACGGGCAAGUGGAGCGCUAUUGUAGGACUGUCCUAAACAUGAUUCGCGUAGAAAGUAAUUUUAGACGAGAGCGAUGGUCUGACGUUCUAUGGAAAUUGCAACUGACCUUAAACAUCACCACUCAUAAGUCAACAAAAUGUUCACCACUAAAUCUUUUAAUUGGCAGUGAAGCAGUGACGCCCGUUAUUCGGCUCCUGCUGAGAGACGUAGCCCAUGAAGGGAGUAGCCCCAACCGAGAGGCUAUGCGGGAGAUGGCUCGCCAGCGCGCCACCGAGUUGCUGGACAUGAACCGCACCCGGCAAGACGCUCGCGUGAAUGAGAGGCGACGACCUCCUCGAACCUUCGCUGUUGAUGACGUCGUUUUUGUGAACAAGGGCAGUCAAGCAACUGGCAAGCUUGAUUCAGGCAUGCGCGGCCCUUACAUAAUUACAAAAGUAUUGCCACAUGGGCGGUACGAUAUGAAACUGCUUGCUGGAUCUUAUGGCAAGACCACGCAAGCAGCCGCCGAAUUUAUGACUCUGUGGCGUGGCGAAUGGAUUCCUGAGACUUGUAGUUUAUUCUUUGAGAGUGCAGAUGAAAGCUCCUACGACCUGCACGAUGACUCUGACGGUGCGGUGCCAGGGCCAUCCUCAGCAGCCGAGUACUUUCAGAGCUUCACGGGCGAGGACGCGCCGUCGUCAGGAGAGGCCGUGUUAGAUGAAGACUAGGUCUAGGAGGGAGUAGGCGCCACACGUCACCGACAGCUGUCAAUAAAAGAAGCGAGCAUGGCGCGCGGCUCACUUUUGUCGCGGCUACGGAACCGA